AUUCGGCGAUUGAGUCAGGAAGUUUUCUGUGACAAUACUGCAAUCCAUUGAUGGCGUGACAGUAAGCGCUGAUCUGCAACUAGACGGUGACAGUGGCAGUGCCAGCCCUAGAAAACAAAGGCAGCGCGUACGCAUACCCCACCAUAAUGUAGUUAUAAGCCCAGUGAUUCCGAUAUUGGAGACAUUGUAGAACACUCGGCUCAUUUCAGAAGAAUGGACACACUGACUCUCACAGAACGCGCCGCUGAAAUCUCCAAAACAGCAGCCAGCCUCGCCAACGAGCUGUCACAAUCCGGCCACCCCGAACCAACUUUCGAACAUGGCCUGCCUGGCCCUCUCCAUGGCGAUGCGCCCGACUCAAACGCAAAGAAUCUCAAGCAGCAGCUGCUUCAAAUGACCGAUGAGCUGCGUGCCUUGGUCACAGAGCCCUUUCUCCAUCUUACUCCACAAGAGGUUGUCCCCCACAGCGUCCACCCCAUCCAUCGACUAGGCAUUGCAAAGAAUUUCCCAGAGAAUGGAACCACCGUCGCAGAUCUAGCACAGUCACUGAAUCUUCGCGAAAACCUUGUCCGACGAUUACUAGCACACAGCGCCACGCACCAUAUCUUCUACGAGGUGGCACCGGAUUUCUACAUCCACACGGCGGCAUCACGGCUGUUAGCGAACAACCCUAGCAUGGGAGACUGGAUCGAUGUAGGCAGCGACGAGAUGUAUCCAGCCUCAUUCAAGGCAAGCUCCCAAUUUGUUCUUCUGGUCUUCUAUAACUGACUAUGCUUAGACCGCACAUGCUUUAGCAAAGUACCCAAACUCGGAGGAGCCGGAGCAUUGCGUACGUUUAUAAUAUGGCUAUAUUAU